AAAAAAAAAAAAAAAAAAGAGAUGUGGUUUUCGUGCAUUUAACCAUUUGCUCCAAACCCUCCACAACUCGCAGUUCACGCUAAAACCUCUCCACAACCACGACAUACCUCUCUCUCCAGCACCCUACUGGCCUACCCCUCUCCCACUCUCUUCCGCUCGCUCUCCCUCCCUGUAUAUAUCUCAAGCUCGAAAGCUCUCAACCGUUUAACCCACCUCCCUUCGAUGGCUGCUGGAUUAUCCGCCGCGCCCGUCUUCAAGCCCUUCCUUUGUAUCCAUGCUUCCAAUCUCUUCCCAAAGCCCAUAACCACUUCACUUUUCUCAAUUCCUUCUCCAACUCGAUAUCACAGUUUAUUUCGUGUUGGUCGAAGGAAAACCAGCUUCGCUAUCUGUUUUGUCCUCGAAGACUCAAAACAGAGUGUCCAGAUCGAGAAUCAUAAACCAGAACGGUCCGAAGAAGUAAAUUACCAGAUCUUGACGCCUCGUGUGGCGGAGAGAUUGUCUAGGAAGAGGUCUGAGAGGUUUACUUACUUGGUUGCUGCUGUGAUGUCGAGUUUUGGGAUUACUUCCAUGGCUGUUAUGGCUUGUUACUACAGGUUCUAUUGGCAAAUGGAGGGUGGAGAGGUGCCUUUGCUCGAAAUGUUUGGCACAUUUUCUCUCUCAGUGGGCGCUGCUGUAGGGAUGGAGUUUUGGGCAAGAUGGGCUCAUAGAGCUCUCUGGCAUGCUUCCUUAUGGCAUAUGCACGAGUCUCACCAUCGACCCAGAGAAGGUCCAUUUGAGCUAAAUGAUGUAUUUGCAAUAACCAAUGCAGUCCCAGCUAUAGGACUUCUCUCCUAUGGCUUCUUCAAUAAAGGCCUCUUUCCUGGUCUUUGCUUUGGGGCAGGUCUUGGAAUUACAGUGUUUGGGAUGGCCUACAUGUUUGUCCACGAUGGUCUUGUUCACAAGAGAUUCCCAGUGGGUCCCAUUGCGAACGUGCCCUAUUUCAGGAAGGUAGCUGCUGCCCACCAGCUCCAUCACUCGGAUAAAUUCAAUGGUGUUCCAUAUGGGCUGUUUCUGGGACCUAAGGAAGUUGAAGAAGUUGGUGGCCUUGAAGAAUUGGAAAAACAAAUCAAAAGGAUAAUAAAAUAAAAUAGUACAAAAGGCAGCUAAGGAGAUCAAUUUUGGAUUACUUGUUAAUGGAGAUUGUAGAGAAACAAUAGUGGUCAGUGAAAUAUAUUAUUAUUCCAUAUUACAAUUGAAAAUGGGGUCGUCAAUUUUUCACUUUAUGUGGGAACUAUACCAAAAGCCACGGCAAUCUGUGUGUCACUGAUUGCCACUGUAUUUGAGCCCUGAAAUCAUUUACAUACGUCGAGUAAUACUGUUUUUCGUUUGAGUUCGUAAA